GUGGAAACAUGCGUCCUUUGCCGAACUUCACAGAAAAAUGUACCGGCUGUACCGGGAUAUCGUCUUUCAAAUGAACAUACCACACGAUACGCGCUGCUUAUGCAUGCAGCACAUUGAAUCCCUCGUGAUACCCUACAUAGCGCGUGCAUACUGCGCAUUGGAUGUUCCACGAAGUGGUCGCAGUUCAAAGUUGACCCGGGAUCGACCUAGCAAGAUGAAUGUCCAAUCUUCUCAUUUCCCUACAGCAAUCCCGGACCCAUCAGGGAGGUCUUUCCUUCCUCCAGGACCGCAACUAUUACCUCCAUCCAACGAGGAAGACCUACCGGUUGCAGAGGUAGCAACAUCACUGCCUAAUCCACAGAGUGGAGGUACCGGAUCGCGUCCGGGCAGUUCUAAGAAAAACAAAAUGAGGGACGAAGUGGAAGGCGACAGCCGACGCCGUGUAGGAAGACUGAAGGUACGCACGAAACCGGCGCAAUGUCAGAGGGACGCGACGCUGUUUGAACUGUCCGCAAGGGCAGCCCACGAGCACAAAAAGCACCAUGGACAUCGUCUGGGCCGCAAGAAAACCCACUCUGUUGAGACUAUUGAGUCUGAAAGACUUGGAGCACAUAUUACGAGAGCGCAAGUUGACCGCCGCCCAUCGGGGGUGAAAUCACGGUCUCGGGACAGGAUCAAGGAAGAUAUCCAAGUGUCACCAGCAGGAACGCUGGAAACUCUGCUCGCGGCACCAGUACCCAUGCCCUCACUGACGGGACAAGAUCGUGAAGGCGCACAGACUAUCCCAACUGCUCCUCCGCAGCAGCAUAAGGCCAGUGUAAAGGGAUCUCCAACUCGACCCAGACGCAGGUUGAUUUUGCGAAGGCAGAUGGGCGCCAUUGACCUUGUAGCAGCGGAACCGGCUCGUUCGCGCGCAGGAACAGGCCAGAAAGCUAAGGACGGCGAAUGCGAAUCUCAGGAAUCACUGCCUUCAGACGUCGGCGUGGAUUUUUUGCUAGGAACGUUAUAUCCUCCCAGCAUAGUCAAAUCUGUCACGUCACUGCGUGCGCCCCCUACCAUUCCUACACCAUUCGCCUCGGUGUGUGCGCCACGGACGAAGAAACCGAAAAAGCCAUUCUGCAUAAUAAUUGCUUCCGACAAAUCGAUACCGCAAGUGCACAAAUCCCCUGAGAAAAGACCAACGUCUCCUACCAUAAUAAGGAUUAUAGACGGUACCAGAGCGGGUAAAGCGUCCAAGGAAGCUGUCAAAUCGGAUGAAAAACUGGUAGCCCCUCGACAGGGAGCUAUAAGCAGGGAAAGUAGUUCGAAGCGGCUGAAGUCACCGAUAAAAUUUUCCAAGGCACAGGAGAAGCUUCACGUUCCUUCGUCAGUCCGUGAUAUAGCUGCUGCAGAGCCGCCCGGUGUGCCUACGAAAUCGGAGAAAGGGGAAGCCGAAGGUCGCGAACGCGUCCGUGAAGAAGGGUCAUUACAGCAAAUUUCGAGGGAGCCGAAGAGAAAACCGGUGACUUCUGCACCAGCUGCCGAAGCUGCCAGUCGUGACAGUGCCAAGAAGCCUAUAAUGCCAUCUGAAGUUCCUCAGCCACACAAGCCACAUAUUCCGUCACUUGGUCAAAUUCGUAAAUCCUUGACUGAAGGCGAAGUUCCGUAUCAGAAAGCCCCAGAGCUUCGAGAGAAAGGGCCCAUUUGUCCAGUUGUCAUUGAAAGUCCCCACACUAUUAAAAAAGGCCCAGAACAUACUAAGUCACUACGCGAGAAGAAAUCAACUUUCCCGACGUCACAAGAGAGCCGCGAUGCCACCAGAGAAGGUAUGACACGACCUCAACUGCCAAAGCUCCCCGAACCUCGCACGAUUCCUACAUCAAUGGCAGAGGCUAGUGAGGUGACCGCAAGCGAGGUACCAACACUGAGCUCGCGAAAACCAUCUGCUGAGCAACGAGCUGAGGGGCCACCCCCUAGAAAGUCAUCGUUAACCAUCAGGAGUAGAGUAGAGUCCACAGUCGAUCGAAGAACUGAAGACGUGACAUCUGUUACCGGCCACAAGCCGUCCACCACACUAGAGGAAGAAGAGAGGUCAGUGGAACCCAGUGCUCCAGCAGCGCCGGUGCACAAGACACUGAAAAAGCGCAGAGACUACGAGACGCUUAGUCCGCUGUCUCCUGGUGAGGUGCACGCUGGAGCACCUGGUGAAACUCAGCUGGAUCGUCGGGUUCCAGAAGAGGAACGCAAGCCUCCUCCUCCUCCUGCAGUACUGAAGUCCGAGGGACGACGACGACUGUCACGGCAGCUAGCCAAAGAACAGUUGCCCGUGGUUCCCGCUCCCGUCCCCGUGACAGCGCCCCAAGCGCCCCAAUCGCGACAGAAAGACCGCAAGGCGAUAAAGGAAUCGCCAACAGAGGUUCAGGAAACGCACGGCGGAGCGUUACCGCUAACGGCACAGGAGUCAUCGGCACUGCGCAGGCACAUGGGCAGCAUUGAUUUGACAACUCGCACGUCAUCCGUGUCCCGAUCAGGAUACAGAGGGUCAAGAAGGCCUACCCUUUCACCUGUCCUGGACCAAGACGACAGCCGCCAUGCAGAUCGCAAGCCCCCGUUUGCGAUACCUUCGGACGGUGGCGUUGGAUUCCUGUUUGAGAGGCCAUCUUCCCGAACCAUGCUGCCGCCGAUUGCACCUGCCGCUCGCCGUUUUCAGCCGACGCGAACAAUAUCUUUGCCCAACCUCUGCGAUGAAGACCUGAUGAUAUCGCCUGAAUUCCUGCGCAGUCGACAAGUGCUAAAGACCGACGACUCGAUAUACCAGCCGUUCAUUCUGCGCAAGGAGUACGUGAUCCGCACAAAGCUGCGAGUCAUGUUCCGGCUCCUUCGACCAGAACCGCCUCGUCUGUUCCGUUCCUACAGCGAGGGCAAUGUGACAGACGUCACCUUCCUGACGAAGUAUGGAGAGCACUUCGAGUUGGCCCACGAGGGUGAAGGCGAUGAAUCGGAAUGGAGGGUGGAAGAAGGUUGCAACUUCUUCUCCAUAUGCCAGCUCCAUGUUAAGUGCUGCAAGAAGAGACCUCAAGCAGGAGAUCAACCUCCCAAGGAAACAAUAACGUGACCUAGUACAAGAUGGUCUGCGAUCAUACAUGUUGCGCUACUCCUUGCAUAGUAAAUCGCAACAAGGCUUACGUCUGUCUACGUAUGCGUCUGUCGUAAGCUACGAGAACUGGUUGUUCAAUUCAUUGCAUGGAUGACAAAUCUAAAUAAAAUAAGUAUGUUGUACAUAUUUUAA